AUGGGUUUGAGAAUUUUGGUGAAAGUUUGUGAAACAAAUAUAUUUUCACGAGCUGUAUCAGGUAACAAGCCAUUAUGGAUCACUUUUGGAAGACAAAUAAGCUGCACGACCAUGUCAAGGACGAUGCUUAAAGAUUCGCCGAACGCGGCUCUCAACAAGACAUUGCUGAACAAGUAUUUGGAUUUACCUCAACCAGACAAUAAAAUUCAGGCAAAAUACAUCUGGAUCGAUGGAACUGGCGAGGGAAUACGAUCCAAGACGAGAACUUUGGACUUUGUACCCAAGCAUCCGUCGGAACUUCCCAAGUGGACUUACGAUGGUAGUUCGACUUACCAAGCUGAGGGUGGAAACAGUGACGUAUUUCUGCUACCAGUAGCUAUCUACCGGGACCCAAUUCGCCGUGGGAACAACAAACUGGUCCUCUGCGAGACUUACACCAGCGACAUGACUCCAACUGCAACAAACAAACGUUUUAGGUGUAAUCAAGCCAUGGAAGCUGUAAAAUCUGAGGAACCGUGGUUUGGAAUUGAGCAGGAGUAUACUUUCCUCGAUUUCGACAACCGGCCUCUGGGCUGGCCAAAGAAUGGCUUCCCUGGACCCCAGGGUCCCUACUACUGCGGUGUAGGAGCUGACAGAGUUAUUGGCCGUGAAAUCGUCGAAGCGCACUACCGCGCUUGCAUGUACGCUGGAGUAAACAUCGCUGGUACCAACGCCGAAGUAAUGCCAUCGCAGUGGGAGUUCCAGGUUGGUCCUAGCGUUGGAAUUGCUGGUGGAGAUGAUCUCUGGAUAGCCCGGUUCUUAUUGCACCGCAUAGCUGAAGAGUUUGGUGUUAUCGUGACCCUUGAUCCUAAGCCCGUUGACGGAUCCUGGAACGGAGCCGGUGCCCACACCAAUUUCUCUACCAAGUCAAUGCGCAAGGAGAACGGAAUUGUUGAGAUUGAGAAAGCUAUUGAGAAAUUGAGCAAACAGCACGUGAAACACAUUCAGGCUUACGACCCACGUGGAGGAAAAGACAACGAACGUCGUCUUACAGGCAAGUGCGAGACCAGCAGUAUCCAUGAUUUCAGCGCCGGGGUUGCUAACAGAGGUGCCAGUAUUCGUAUUCCUCGAGGAGUCGCCGAAGAUAAGAAAGGAUACUUGGAAGACAGGCGGCCUAGCAGUAAUUGUGAUCCGUAUUCUGUCUGUGAUGCGUUGGUCCGUACAUGCUUGUUGAAUGAGUAA